AUGAUAUCAUCGAUGAUGGAUUUAAUUUUAGCGGCACUGGUCGUGCUGAUCAUUUCGUACAUGAUAAGAUACGUACUUCACCGUCCAUCGGAAAGGUUUCCACCGGGCCCACCGAGACUGCCAUUACUCGGCAGCUAUCCAUUUCUGCUAGCCCUCGACUAUAACCAUCUGCAUCGAGCCGCGGCCAAGCUUUCCCAGCUGUACAACAGCAAGCUCGUUGGACUGUACCUGGGUCCACUUCCAGCGAUCGUUGCCAACGAUCACGACACGGUGCGUCAAGUGUUGCAGCGCAGUGAGUUCGAUGGGCGACCGGAUCUAUUCCUAGCACGGCUACGCGAUGAGCAGUAUGCGAGACGUGGAAUUUUCUUCACCGAUGGAGACAGUUGGCGCGAGCAGCGCAAGUUUUUCCUUAAAACGCUUCACGAGUAUGGUUUUGGUAGAAGGAAUGACACCGUGGAGCAGGACAUGCAAACCGGGCUGAUGGAACUAAUCGCUCUGCUCAAGGACGGACCAAAGCAUGAACACGAGCGGGCGAUUGUGGACGACACGACCGGAUACGCCGCUUGUCCGCAGUUGUUUUUUGCCCUUUGCUCCAAUGUGAUGCUGCGCAUGCUAACCGCAACACGACUGGAACGCGAAGAUCAAGCGGUUCUGUUCGAAGUUGGCAAAUGUUCCCUCGCCUUCCAUCGGCAAGGUGACGAUUAUGGACUGGCGUUAAGCUACAUCCCUUGGAUACGUCACCUUUUGCCGGGCUUUAGUCGCUACCGGGUGCUGCGAGAGGUAAAUCAGAAAGCGAACGGCGUUAUACGGUCUCUGGUAGAAAAGUGUGAGCAAUCGUACAACGAGGACGACAUCCGGUGCUUUAUCGAUGCGUACAUUCGUGAAAUGCGCCAAACGGGCAGCAAGCCGACGAGCGGCAGUGAUGCAUUUGGGUUUGAAUAUGAUCAGCUUAUCAUCGGUUGUGCCGACUUUCUUGUCCCAGCAUUUUCCGCCAUCCCAGCCAAACUGGGCCUUAUACUGGAACGGUUGGUAGCGCAUCCUUCCGUGGUGGAACAGAUGCACAACGAGAUCGAUCGACACAUGGGACAAUCACGGCUUCCUCUGCUGAACGAUCGUACCGAGCUGUCGUACUGUGAAGCCGUCCUACGAGAAGCACUUCGGAUUGAUACGCUUGUACCAUCGGGUAUCCCACACGUCGCCACCACUGAUACUGAGCUUGCAGGUUACCAAAUACCCAAGGGCACACUUAUAAUUAACGGAUUGGAUUACAUCAACCAUCAGGAAGAUGUAUUCCCGGAACCGUACACCUUCCGACCGGAACGAUUCCUCAACGAGGAAGGAACUUUGUCGCUCGAACAGGAUCGUUCCGUACCGUUCGGUGCGGGUAAACGGGUUUGUGCCGGUGAAACCUUUGCUCGCAACGCAUUAUUCCUCACGAUCACAGCACUGGUGCAGCAGUUUACGUUCACUAUGGAGCACGUGCCCGAUCCUGAGCAACAUUUGACCGGCGUUAUUCGUACUGCGCCAGAUUUUAGAAUUAAGUUUACAGCACGUUAG